GGGUACCGACUGCCAUCCUGCAGCAAUUUCCCUGUGUCAUGGCUCCGGUCUCUUAGCAACAGCCGCGGGUCCGGCCGCCCCGAGCCGAGCGAGCCGCCGCCGCCGCGGGCUCAACUCCACCCGGCGGAGCCCGGCGCGCGGCAGCCACACAAAGAGGCGCCGGGUCGGCCGGGAGCGCCGCGGGAGGGCACGGCGAGGGACCGGGGCGGCGGCGGCGGCGGCGGGGAGAGCGGCUCCAGGCAGGAUGCAGGAUGCGGAGGACCUGACACUUCUUGGAAACUCUUGGAAAUGGCUCCCGCCCCGGCACCGUAGGGGGCUGCGCACCCCGGGCGGGCGCUCGCCCCUGCUGCGCUGCUGAGCCGCGCUCGGAUGGAGGGCCCCGAGGCGCUGUCCCUGCGCUCCGCCGUCGGCUCGGGCUGAAAAAGUUUCUCCAUGGUUCCUUUGUGUAGCCCGAGCGCCCGUUCUCUGGCUGCGAGCUGCCCCAGUCUUGCCGGGGCACUCCCGUUAGCGGGUAAUGGCCCUGGGACGAGGGACACGCACGUGGUGGGACCCGGGAGCGAGACCAUGGCAGCCCGUGGGAUGUUGCUGCAGCCAAGCCUACACCCUCUGACUGUCUUCCUCUGCUUUGCAGUGGGAGGAGGUGGCGGAGCAGCUAGUGGGCAGCUGGUGCCCCCGCCCCAGCACAGGCCUCCGCCCAGGGGCUAGCCCCGCACUGCACCCGCUCGCCAUGAUCGCCACCGGCGGCCUGCUGAGGAUUUCCGCCAGAAAGCAGGAUCCCCUCCGCCCCCCAAGCCAAGUCCCCAAGCGCAGGCGGAAAGCCAAGAAGAGGCGCAAGAACGACGUGGUGGUGGUGAAAGGCAAGCUGAAGCUCUGUUCCGUCUCCGGGCUCAUCGCCCUCUGCGGGAUCCUGGUGCUGCUGGUGGGCAUAGCCUUGGCGGUGGUGGGCUACUGGCCCAAGGCCAACGGGACCAACAGGGAGGGGGGUAAGCAGCUGCCGCCCGCAGGCAGCGGCCACCGCGUCCCCACCAUGACCAACAGCAGCAGCAGUGGCAGCAGAAACCGGUCCAGGAAGCACCCGGGGCCUCCGGAGGAUGUCACCGCCAGUUCCGUGGGCGCGCCCAGGAGCACGCCUCCAGCACGGUCCUCCGCACCCUCUUCGUCCUCUCCUACGUCCGUGGGCUUCUUCUUCCGCAUUUUCUCCAGCUACCUACACUCGGACAAGCUCAAGGUCUUUGGGCCCCUCAUCAUGGGCAUCGGCAUCUUCCUAUUCAUCUGCGCCAACGCAGUGCUACAUGAAAACCGGGACAAGAAGACCAAGAUCAUCAACCUGCGGGACCUCUACUCCACCGUCAUCGACGUGCACAGCCUCCGCGCCAAAGACCUGGCAGCCGCCGCCUCCUCCUCGUCCUCCGCCCCCGCCUCGGCGCCCCCAGGGGCCGCGCCGCUCAACGGCUUCCUCAGCUACGUGCAGUCGCGGGGCCUGGAGCUGAAGCCCGGAGGCUGUGGCGGCGCCGGGGACGCCUUCGGGGCGACGGCGAUGCUGGGCAGGGGUGCGUGGCCCCACCCAGCGGCGGUGGGCGGGGGCGGGGCCCGGGGCGCCGCGUCCCCCCCAGACCUGGCCUCGUCCCCGUGCCGCCCGCGGGAGCCCCAGAGCCUGGCGGAGGCCGUGUACAGCAUCUACCGUGAGCGCUCCGGCGUGGCCGGCCGUCGCCGGGCCGCCGCUGCCACCGCGGCCGCCAGCAGCAGCAGCAGCCCAGCGCCCUGCAGCCCCCCCGAGAGCUGGGGCCGCCAGAGCACCGCCAGCUCCCUCGUGGGCUCCUCGCUGAGCGCCUUCGCGCUGCUGCCCCUACCGGGGGACCGCGACGGGGAUGGGGACGCAGCGGGCGCGAGCCGAGGCUGGCAGCGGCCGCCCGGGGAGCGCGGCUCCCGGGAGAUCCCGCGGGGCGAGCCCGACCUGAGCUUCACCGACCUCCGCGGCGCCCGGGGCGGCGCGCGCUGGGCGCGCCGCGAGCCGGAGGAGCCGGCGGGCGCGGCGGCCGCGUGCACCGCCAGGGGGCAGGGCGGCCGCCUGCCCAGGACCGGCAGGUACGCGGCCCUGCGACGCCGCAGCACCAGCGGGCUCCCGGACUACCGGGCGCCCUCGUCCCCCGAGCCCCCACCCGCCUCGCGCAGCGCGGACCUGGACUCGACCGUCCCGGCCCCAGCUUCCUCCCCCGAGCCCCCGCUUCGGCGGGAGCGCUCGCCCCCCGCCGGGCCGGACUCGCCGAGCUCCCAGUCGGAUGACCCGUCCUGCAGCAAUAAGGGCUACACCCCGCUGCGGGAGGCCGGCACCUCCCUGGAGUCGGUGGUGGACCCGGUGGCUGGUGAAAGUCCAGACGGUGAUGCCGCCACCUCCCCGGGGGCGGAGCAGAGUCCCCCCGAGGGUCCUGGCCAGAAGCCCCCAGCGGGCGAGCCCCCCCAGCGGGUGCAGAGGCAGUUUACAAACGAGGAGAAACUCUUCAUGAUUUCCCGAUCUCACGCCCCAUUGGUCGAGGACGGAGAACUGGAAACUACUGGCAUUUAGGGAAAGAGGAGGCGAGAAAAGAGUGAGAAAAUGGGAGAAACGCCCGCUUGAAGCAGUGAGCUUAACAGUUCCCUCUGUCCUUGGGGAUUUAUCCGAGGAAAUCGUCCACUACCCAAAGAGCUGCAGAAUGUUAGCCUUGAAUUGCGUUCACGAGAUUCCUGUAGAUAACUCCAAGCAAUUUUUUUUUUAAAAAAAGCAAACUAGUCUUAUAUGUCCGAUGGUGAUUGUUCUAUGAAAACCAAAUGUAUUAAAAGGUCAGCAAUCUAGUUCAUGGAUAAAAUUCUCUGAAUUUUCUUAGGAUCAAAAUAAUAUAUUUUUGACAGUAACUGUGCACUUUACUCCAACUUUUUUUUUUGGAUCCCUAAUUUCCCUAACCUGUACUCUGCCGCUGGUUUUGUCCACAGCUGCUUGUGAACGACAAGCUUUUUGCCUCCUAUGCUUUUGCGGAGCAUAGAAGGGUCUAUCUCAGUUCUCUGAGAACUGAUAUUACUAAAGGAAGUCAAAGCCAAAAGCAUGAGUUUGUCGGGAAAGAGCACUUUCCUCGCCCCACCCCACUCUGCUCAUCCAGUUGCCCAAAGGCCUCUCUAUUUUUGAAAAGGGAAUUUACAUUUUGCUACUAGGGCGUCUAAUGGAGACCAGAGGGGGCCAGCACCUAGAUGGACUGUUACAUUCCUAAAUUUACUAUAUCAAGUACACGAUACUUUAUGGAGUACUAUCACACCUGUACUGAAAAUAGCAUUAACAUGAAAAAAAUCUUUUUUAAUAAAACAAGUUUCCAAACAAACAAACAUAAUACUCCCUCAUUUUGCCUUGGAACUAAUACUUCUAACACACAUAAAACAUUAGGCAGUUGAGCUGGUAAAUCUAAGAUAUUUUGCUGUGAUCCUGCUACUGCGAUUCUAGCUCUCUUCCCGCAACGUGCUCAGCACCAUCCUCACUCAGUCGAGUUCCAUCAUAUUUUUAUCUUUAAAUGUAGGGUAGAACUGAACAUUUGGGAGUGUGUCUUUCAAAGAGAAUGAAACAUUAAAUAAACAGUAAUUUUCUACAGUAUUUCUAGUUUACCUCUAAGUAUUAAUUUACAGAGCAUCAGGCUUAAUGUUCUGCUGUCAUCCUCUUGGAGUUGACCAUUUGAUUUUUUCUUUUAAGUUCAUGAUCUUGAAUCCGUGGCCUACAUAGGCUAGCAGGUGAUGUUUUAAUAAUGUGGUAGAUUGUUUGUGCUUGACUUUAUUAAAAGUCAAUUAGUUAAUUUUCAAGACCAGUAGACAAACAGUAAUUAAUGUACCAUUCUGAUGCCCUCUUCCGUGGAGUUUGAGCUGAGCAUCUUGGGAACGGUAUGGCUUUUUUUCACCUACUCGGUUACAAGAUCUACAGUUACGCACAGCUCAGGCUAUCACGGCAGGAAGUUAAAAUACUGAUCUUCAAGGAAAACCUUGUCAAAGGUAUGGUCAUAUCGGCGCCCAUGAGUGAAACAGCGGGUCCAGUGGAAAGAGUGCAGAUUCAUGAGUGAGGCUGGACCCCAGCUUUUGGCAUUUGCUAGCUGUAUAGCCUUGAACAAGUCACAAAUGCUGAGUCUCAGUGAUGCCAUCUAUAAAAGGAGAAUUACUAGACAAACCUCAUAGAGCUGUGAGAGGUGGGACAAGGGGUCCUGUGGACAGAGCCGGGUUGAGUGCUUGGCUCAGAGGAGUACUCAAAGACAGUGGUUACUGGAAUUGCUACCAUUAUAACAGUGUCUGAAUGCAUGCUGGAGAAGAAUGGGCCUUCCCUCCCCUUUAGCUCAAGAAAUCCCGGGCUCAAAUCUGGAAUAUCCACUUACUAUCUGUGUAACCUUAGGCAAAUCACUUAAUCCCUCUGGGCCCCUGGUGGAAGAUAUAAUCUCUCUGAUUGCCUUCAGGUCUGAAAGCUUUACUUAAAUUCAGGGUAUUUGUUUUGUCCCGGAUAUAAUCGUAUCAUAUUUGUACAUACAACUUUGCCAGAUGAAUAUACUACUUCAUAAACUACCAUUAAGUGUCACAUUCUGUGAUCAAUUUUUGAAGGACCUAAUUUCUUCCCAGAUUGAAUUUGCAUUAAGCUAAUAACACACUUUAAAGCUGUGGAUUAAUUUAUUUGGCUCUUCCAUAGAGCAAAAGUGAGUUUCCUCUAAGAAGGGUGACAGGCGAGUAUAAUCAUACCUCCAGGUAGUGUUAAAUUUCAAGUCUCAAUUGUUUUAUCACACUUACAAAAGUAUUUCAAAAUUUCCUAGUUUUUCUUCUCCAUUACCUUGCAUACUGGGUAAUUUAUAUACUGAGAGAGUUUGAUGAGUUGUCUAAAAGGGAAAAUAGGUUCUAGUCCUCUAAAAUGCUAUUUCCAGUCCUCAGAAAAUAUACUAUAAAACGUUUAGCAAAUAAUUAAGCCACUUCCUCUUAGUUUAACUAAGGGGCAGGCAGAAUAUUUAUGUCUUACAAACUUUAGAAAAUUCAGUCCAACCAAUUGACUAGGCUUAACAACGCUGAUUGCCUUGUUAUAGUAAUCAGAUUAAAUAAAAACUUCUAGCUCGUAUUGAUCUGGACACAGGCCCUCUGAAAUUAAGUAACUUCAGCAAACUAAUUUAGCUCAGUAUCAAGUCACAUCUAUCUUAACCAUUAAGCAAUUUAACUGGAUUUUUUUUUUUUAAGCUGGAGGUAAAGAAUGAGCCCAAUUUUCCAAAUCUUGGGAGGAGCUGGGCUGCCAUCAGACCUCAGAAAGGAAUCCUCUGCAGUUAUGACCAUAGUGAUUCGCAAUCCUUCCCUUUCAUAGGAGCAGAGAUCUUCUGCAAUAAUAAUGUUAAAUGUUUACUUGCUACUUUCUGUGGGCCAAGUUCUCUUCUGCCCGCUCUGGACAUAUGAUCUCGGUGACUCCUCACUCCAUCCUCACUCAGCUCUGUCGAGGUAGGAUUAUUAUUAUCCCCACUUUACAGAGAGAGACGCUGAGAUCAGAAUGAUGGAGUACUCGCCCAGCUUACACAGCUGGUGGAUGGUGGAGCCAGGAUUUACACAGAGUGUUAGGGAUUAUCUGUACCCACUGGCACAUGCUGAGCUGAAGCUGGCAUUUCUGGAGACCAUCGAAAUAUUUUCUACAUUUUUAGCAUCCUGCUUGAUCCCUUUCCAGAAACCAUUCUUGGAGCUAUCCGGAGGAAUCAGAAGGCACAGCCGUUUAAAAGGUGGAGUUUGCACUUAAGCCUUCAGACUGGCAUAAACGAGGCUUUUCAGUGCGACUUUGCAGGGUUUGUUGAGGACAUCUUAAAACAUCGCGGAAUCAGCCCCCCUCCUUCCUAAAUGAGGUUGCUAAGAAUCAGAAAGAUGAAAUAAUUUGUUCGAAGGCAAACAGCAGGGGCAGGACUAGAAUGUUAAAAUAAUUGCAACAAUUGGCACAUGCAUUGCCUCCACACCCUGGAUUUCUAUCAUACUAGCUGGGUGACCAUGGGCAAGCUACUCAAUGUCUCUGUGUCUCCAUUUCCUUCCUCAUACAAUGGGAUUAAUAAUGGUACCUGCCCUUAUAGGACUGGUGCAACGAUCAAAUGAAUUCACACCUGUAUAGAGUGCUUACAACGACCUUGGCACGUAGAAAGUGUUUUUAAAAGCUUUUAAAGUUUUAGUUAAAAUAGAAUCAACUGCUAAACAGAAUAAUUUCGUAUGGCCUUCCUAUUUAUUAACAGAAUAAUGUUAGGUUUGAAAUCUAAAGAGUAAGGCAACACAGCAUGGUGGCUGGAAGCCUGACUUGCAGGGUGGGGAUUAGAACACUGGACCGGGGUUAAGUGGAGGUAAUAAAGAGCAUCUAAUGCACAGAAUUAAUUAUUAAAGUACAUCAACUAAUAUACUUAAAGAACUCAGAACAACUCCUGGCACAAAUAAACCUUCAGUAAAUGUUAACUACUAUUAUUAAAGGCAAAAUAGAGAAAGGUAAUUAGUAGGCUAAAUUUACUGCUCAGUUGUUAGGGACAACCAAUAACUUACUGUAUACUGAAAAGUCUCUAUAAUUCAGGCAUAUUAGAAAGAAGAGAACUUAAGAAGUGAGGACUGAGGCCUCUGCAAUGCCCCCAGUAGACCAUGGAAUGAAGGAGCGCUGGAUGUGUGCUCUUCAUGGUCUUGGCGUCAGAAUGUUAUAUACAAGCAGUGAAUACGCAAACCGGGUAACUUGGCUGUUUCUGGACAUGAUUAUGAAGGCUGGCCACAUCAGAAGGGCCAGACUAUCCCCCCUCUCCCCGCGCCCCCGUGGUCCCAACCCCCUUCUGUGAGGGGAGCGGGCUGGGAGAAAGGCUGGAUGAAGACUUAAAGUGACGAGCAGAUGUGUUUGGAUUUUAAAAAUUGUCUCAACAAAUGUUUUUUCUAUGCUAGUUUUUCUGCAGUUUUGAAAAUUUUUUUUGAGUUAGAGAACUGGAAAAAAGGAAAGCCCUGCCAAGAACAUUAAAUUAGAACGAAGUAUAUGAAUUUGUAUUUUGAUCAGAAUACUAUUUUUGCCAAGAUAUUAUAUAUAUAUGUUUGUAUAUAUAUAUACACACACACAUUUUAUAGUCGCAUGAAGAAUAGGACUGAUCUUUGUGGAAUUUGUUUUCUAUAGACCCAGACUGUUUGUUUGUUUACUUAUUUAUUUUGGACUAAAAAUCCAAAAUAAAUAAGUAAAUUCAAAAUUUGCGGUACGCGGGCCUCUCACUGUUGCGGCCUCUCCCGUUGCGGAGCACAGGCUCCGGACGCGCAGGCCCAGCGGCCAUGGCUCACGGGCCCAGCCGCUCCGCGGCACGUGGGAUCCUCCCGGACCGGGGUACGAACCCGUGUCCCCUGCAUCGGCAGGCGGACUCCCAACCACUGCGCCACCAGGGAAGCCCCAAAAUUCACUUUUUGAAUGACAGAUUCUGAAAAGGAUUCUGAGGCGCUUCUUUUUCCUGUCUCUCUCUAGGGAAAUCAUCUCCUAGGUCUUUUCUUCGAAAGGAAUGACUUUAAGUGGAUAUGAAAAUUAUAUGUGAUUUAAGUCACCACAAAAUGGGGAGUCCAUCUGCACUAACAACUUUAGUCAAACAGCUACCUGCCACCUCCAGAGACCCGGGGAGCAACUUCUUUUGUGUGUGCUGUUUCUCUCUGAUGGCAGAAAAGCCCUGGUCAGGUGGUGGGUCCCUCUAGGCACGAGCCACAGCAGGAGUUAUAAAUGGCCCCAUCCUGGGAAUUUAGGCUACACCCCUGAGCCAGGGUCCUUUCAGGUUUCUAGCAUCUCAGAUAUAUUUAUUCAAGUUUAAAAUGGCCCUGUAGGGCAUUGGCUGAACCAUUACUAAAAUAACAGGGUUUUUUCUGCUCAUAAUAUUGCCGUCAAAAGACUAAAAAAAGUUAAGCAGAUUCACCUAGAGUAUCGUAAAGCUUGUGCCUGACUCAGCACCUUUACCUGGCUUCCUCAUCCCACACUGUGACUGAGGCCUGCUAAGGGCGAGAAGGCUGACUGCCAAUCACAAGAGAGGAAACAAGGGGGCAGAUCCCGACGUGGGAGAGCCAGCAUCGUGCAAAAAAGACAAAAAACAAAAAGCUAGGCUAGGAAAACUUUUUGUUUCACACAUGAGCACUUGGUUACUCUUGUCUGCAGAUUAUCUGUAUGCCAGGGAGCGUUUCACAAUGAAACAUUAUGGUAACUUCUAUUCCUUAGAAAAUAUUAUUUCAGCAAAUGUAUGGUGGAGUAUAUUUUCCAAUAUUUAAGAAAUUCAGCAUAACACUGUACCAUUGACACGAAUCUGCUUGAUACUAGGGAUUGCCAAACGUCUGAUAAUGUUUAAUAAUGAAGAAGAGAAACUUAUCUGCACAUUUACAAAUUGCUUUCAUGUUGAGAAACUCAACUGUCUUUAACUAUGUCUAUACUUUCAAAGGGAGAAAGUACACAAGUUAUUAUAACUGGUGUAGUAGGUCCAUCAAAGCAAGACAGGGCAAAAAACUACUUUGUCUCAGCGCAGGACUUUGGCCAUUCCUUUGCGUUAUAUGGUAACUGCCUUACUCCAUUUUAUAUAGCUUAUAACUUAAAAGAAAAUAAUUUCACCUGAAGGAAUAAACAGCUUUAGCUGAAGCUGCUGCUGUUUGGGUAAAAUACCUAAUUCAUUUUCAGAUCAGUUCAGAUUUUUAACUGAGGGUCAGGAGGCAGGCAGGCACCAUGGUGCUAGGUGUGAGGAGUGAAGCUAUGACGCAGACACAGUUCCAGCCCACGGGGUUUGCGGUAGUACUGUUGAUACAGGCACGUAACCAAUCAUUUCAGUACAAUGUAAGAAUUAUGACAGUUAUCAUGUGGACCCUACAGCUGAAUCUUGAGAAAUGAAGAUGUCAGCUGGGUGCAAGAAGGUGCGAAAGGUGUGUCAAACAGUGGGACCAGCCUGAGCAACUUCAUGGAGGGAAAACACCAUUUAACGAGCUAUACUGUCAUAACACAACGUCAUGACACAAUGUGUCUUUUUCCGAGACUCCCCACAAUUGCAGACAGAGCGAGGUGUUUGUUUCAAAAAAAAUGAAAAACAACAAAACUAUCUAUGGACAGAUAAGAUAGGUAUCUCCUUUUAUAACUAGUAGAAGCAUUUUUGGAAUCAAGAUUAAAGUAAUUUGGGCAUUAAAGUACUUAAAAUAUAUACUCUCUACCAUUAGAUGCUUAUUAGACAUUUAAUUAUGCCCCAUUUAUAACUAACCUUGACAGGCAGGACUUUUUAGUUGUGAAGUAUCAGUACAUGGGAACUCACCAUAUUCUCAUUGGACCUAAGCUGUCUUUAUGAGCAAGAAUUACUUUUGCUGAAUCAUAUAUUGCUUUAAAAUAACCAUUUAGUUUAAAUGUUCAAGUUCUGGAAAUCAUUUCUCUCGGUGUGGUAUAAAGGGGAUAAGACUGCGAGGGGAAUCAGCCACGUGGCAGUGCUGUGCGUGUGCUUCCAGCAUGGUGGAUAAUGUCGUGCUGACCCACAUGCUGUGAGGACUGGAAACAGCGUGAACUCGGGGCUAUUUUAUCAAGGCUGCAGGGCAUUCUUCCAGAAUCUAGACGUGAUAAAUGAAUGCAUUUGUACAUUAAUUUGCAACAUCAUUUAUAUCAGAGCAAAGAUAAUUUCUCUUUAUUAAUAAAGCAUCCCAUUCCUAUUUUUUUUCACAUCAGUGUUUAUGGCAAAAGGAAAGAUUAUCUAAGGCCUAGUUGUCUCGGAUGCAAAUAAGAACGAGAUAAGUCUGAGUAUUCUUUACGGACUAUAGCACCAAGACUAUGCUUUUAAAUUUCUAAGUAGCCAGUCAUUUGGGGAUAGUCACUGAAACCAGAUUCAGCCAGAAUAAUGGUCUGGCACUGUAUAAAUGCAGCCGAAUACUUCAUUUACACAUAAAGCUGCAAACUAAAAGACAGAGGGAAAAUCUACUUUCUUCAAUACAAAUAUUCUAAUAAAGUAAAAAAAAAAAGUAUUAUUCUCUUCCUUUGAAUUUCGCACAUUCUGAUUUCUUCAAAAUCUUUUUAGUGUGUAAACAGCCAAGGCAAAAAUAUAGUGUGUUCAUUGUUUCUUCUAAUCCAUCAAAGUGAGAACUUUGCAAAAGCACUUUCUAUUACAGAUCAAGUUCAAUAGAUGUAUUAUCAACUGCAGUGUCAUUAUCCGAGCCAUCAAAUAAAUCUUUCAUAGAGAUGUAUUUAUCGGUAAGAGAUUUAAAAUGUGGAAAUACUGGUAGCUAAAGUGCUACAGUUAAUUUGGCAUGGUGAAAGACGUCAGGAAGAAAACAGAAUUCUUGAUAGAGCAAGAAAAUUCGAAAGACUAAUUUGGUGACCUAAAUGCUGAUCCUCCUGCUUAUAUAAGCACACAUCUCAAUGUGUUUGGAGCACAAAAUAUCAGUGCGGUGCUUGCACAUGUGGUUGUACAAUUUCUCCCAUUCGUAUUCCUAAUUUCAUUUCAGCUUUAUUCCUCGGAACAUUUCUUGAUUUAUCAGUCUUGCUUGGGAUUACUAUUUUAGAAAAAAAAUGAAAGCAUUUAUAGUAACAGUCAUAAUAAUAAUUGUAAUAGGCUUAAAGGAGCCCAAAGAGAAAUCUGAGUACUUUACUAAUAACCUAGUAAUUAUUUGUGCCCAGUUUUCUGUAUCUUCUCAGAGAGUAAAUUGAAUGAUAUCUUCUUGAAACAUGUGCUACCAAAACACAAUUAAAAUGCAUGUUUGCAAUGUCCUCCUUUCUUAAUCCCACGGACGUUGGACCCUAAAAACUUUCUUUUAUUUUUAUGAUAUAUUCUAAGUCAAGAUUUAGGGAUGGAUGCUUUCCAAGAUUUCUUUUAUUUAUAAAGCGAAUGAAAAAGAAAUUUAAUAAUGCUAUAACUGCUUGAAAGAUCUGCCAUCUUUGAUUAAGUCAAUGGCAAUUAAGCAGAACACAAAUAAAGUGAACAGAGCAUCCGGCUAGUCUGUAAGGAUGAAUCAUCUUCAAUGGAAGUACCAAAUAAUAGUAAAAAAAAAAAAAAAAAAGUAAAUAAAA